CCAGGCUUUCGCCCAGCCACGAAGACUGUAGUAUCGUAUAUUAGUGCAGUUUGGUUGCAAACCUUGGAUUGUUAUUUAAAAAUGCCCACCACCCCCAAAUUUGACGAACCAUGGAUGGACGAACUCGAUGGACAUAACUGUGUGAGUAGAGCUAUUAGUUUUGGAGCAAGAGGAGCGUUUGUAGGUAAGUGCACUGAGUUUGUAAAUGUUAUUGUGAUUCCAAGUAAUCAGGCUUCACGCCAGAAACUAGAACGGUGGAAGACUUUGGCACACUUUAUGUGAAUCCCAGGAAGUUCUUCUUUAAUCUGUGUCGAGCGAGUAUGUUCCCUUUCUUCAAAUAAAUGUAAUCUAUUUGAAAAUAAAUAUGUUUGAAGUGUACAAAGCUGGUGGAACAUAGAAUAGCUAGUCAAUGAGACUUUGACCCACACAGUGAUUUGUUAACCCAUUUCUUUGUUUACCAUAAUGUCUUAGUAUUAUUAUUACCGUUAUUGCUAUUAUUAUUAUUAUUAUUAUCAUCACUAUUAUUAUUAUUAUCGUUGUUUUUGUUGCUGUAGCUGUAAUUGUUAUCAUUGUUAUAAUAUGGAAAGCGAUGGUCAUUCCUAUGUAUUGAUUUUGUUACCCAUCACUAACAAACCCAUUCUAAGAGAAAUGAAUUAAGGGCUAAAUCUUUCAAGAAACUGUGUUGCAGCUUCAGUGGGAGAGUGUAACAGGAUAAUUUAGGGUAAUUUAGCUACUGUAUAGAGUUUAAAAGCUGAAGUUUUAACAGUUAGCCUUUCGUCAUAAGGGCUAACACUUGAAAUGUCAGCUUUUAAACUCUCUAUGGUGAGCAUGACCAGGAUGAGGUUGGGAAGUCAAGCAAAUGAAAAUGUACAAUGUAACGGGGCUUUCAUAUUCAGCAAAUAGACCCUUUUGACUUUGGUUCUCUCUCUGGCAUUCCAAUCUUUCUCAAUUUUUCUGAUUGAUUGAACCUCAUGUAAGAGACCUAGGUCAGUUAAAUACAGGAGAGUUUACAGAGAUGGCCUGGGCAGGCAUGGAUUCAUUGGGUUCAAAGGUUGAAAAAUAGAGUAUGAGAGGAAAAUAUAAUCUCAACACAGAAUUCAUUUACACAGUGACUUCAUGCCAUUUUAAAUUGCCAUAGGUGUCCAAAAAAAACUAUACAGGAAUAGGAAACAAAGAGCAUCAGGAAACAUGAGAAGAAAGCAUCAGGAAACACAAGGACAGAAGCCAAAUUCUGUACAAUAUAAGAACUUUGAUUCAUCCUUGAUGAUUUUGAGGAUGUGCCAAAGCUUGGAAUUUUUAAAGAUUUUCACAUCAAUUUUACAGUAAUUAAGGCCUCAUUUGAACUUUUUAAAAUUUUUAUUUUGUAAUUCUAGUAUUUAUAAUUACUUAAUUCAUUGUGUUAGGUACUUCCAUUUUGAUUUUUACCUAGGGUAAAAUGGUUCAAGAUUCUCUUCUGAAAAUUUCAAUCAUUCUUACUUCAGUAAAAGUUUGGUUAGACAUGUUAUGUAUUUAUACAGGCAGGCUAUUUUAAAGUUUGACUAGAGUAGGUUUGUUGAAGCUUUCAUAUCAUUGCUUGUCUAUGUUGCUAUGUCAAUAUGCAAACUUUCCUCUCAUUUCCAUGACCUUGGUUGAUUUUAUUUAACAUUUCAGGUGGUAUCUAUGGUGCUGCUUGGUCUGCACUGAGAAUCCCAGAUCCUCAUCCCACUCCACUUAUCCUGCAGUCCUUUAUUUUGAUGAAGAAUAACUCAAUCCUUGUUGGUUUGUGAUUUUAUUACAUAGUUCUUUACUAAAUUUUGAACUUCAGUUGCUGGUUAGUUAAUGAACAGAGGGUCUUAUCCUUUAAUUAAAAAAAAUGGCCUGUGAAGAUUCUCAAGGAUCCAGUGGCUAUUUUUGGCUAUCAAAAAUGAUUGGUUUAUAACUAUGGUGAAGAGCCUCACUUGUCAUGAUAUUUUAGGUGGUGCAGCAAGUUUGUUUGCUUUAACAACAUGCACAGCAGCUUCAAUGAGAGAAAAAGAUGACCAUUUUAACUGGGCCUUGGGAGGUGCUGCAAGUGGAGUUCUGAUUGGAUUUAGCAGUAAGUUUCUCUAAUUAUUAUCUUUUUUAUCUACCAUUUAUCUGAUGACAUGUUACUAUAGGGCUUUUGAGAAGGUUUUCUGUCUAAAAGACAUGAUAAUUGCUCUGCUACUGUUCUAAUGCUUUGGUUGUGAGUUUGAAAUGAGGAAUUUUUUAACAAAAUCCAUUGGGCCCUCUCAGGUUCACAAUUUUACCAUCAGGCAGAGGCAACAUCAUUUGUUGUUUCUUUUUAUGUACAGAGAGCAGUUGGGGGUUGGGCUGUGGUCUGGCAACAGCAUUUGCCGCUGCUGGAGCUUUAGCCAAGUACUCUGGUGUGUACAAACAUCCUCUGCGUACUGACAGAGUCUAUGUGUGA